AUGGAGAUCUCGCCACCCAGCCCCCGCCGUUUACCCACUCUCCCAAAAUCCAAAUCGCGACCUCUUUCCCGGCCUCUCCCGCCAGUCCCUGGGCCAAUAUUAUGCAAAUGCGGGACACUAGUCACCUCCUGUAACGCGCUCUUACCGGCAACUGCUAUACCCUCAGACUCUUGCCGGCGUACAUUCAGAGGCUUCUCAGGCAAAGCCUCACUCUUUACUGAAACCUACAAUGUCAUAAUACUGGCGCCCAAGGUCCAGCUAAUGCAGACUGGCGCCCAUCUUCUCGCAGAGCUAAACUGCGUGAACUGCUCCCAAUACUUGGGUUACAAAAUCGUUCGGGCAUUCGAGCAGUCAGAGAAAUGGAAAGAAUCAGUCUUUCUCCUCGAGCUCGCAGAACUCAAGAACCUACCGCCCUGUGCCGAUUCCUCUGACUCUGAAGACAGCAGUUGA